AUGUGGUUUCCCCCUCUAUUUCGAUACUCCAAAAACGUUCCUGACAACGUGCAAAAUCACAGCUGGGACGACUGGGUGCCACAAGACCGCGUCCGCAAGUUCACAGAAGAGAACAAAGAACUUGCCGCCCAACUUCACAAUCAAAUGAAGGCGCUUCAGACCAGAGGAGGACCGAAGUCCACGACAAAGGGCAGAGGCGGCCGUGCCAACGGCUCGGACUUCAGCUCGGCUCGUGGCAGUGAGGAGCGUUAUGCUUCGGCUGCUGCUCAGAGCGGACGUGGUGGUGCUCGGAGACAUAGAGAUUAUGAUCUUGAACCUGAGGAGACUUUCCACACUAGGCCAUCAAUCCACCUUCCAGUACCAGACCAUAUCAAGGCAAUUCUCGUCGAUGAUUGGGAGAAUGUCACCAAGAACCAACAACUUGUUCCCCUUCCAGCUGCUCAGCCUGUCAACAAGAUCUUGGAUGACUACCUCGAUUACGAGCAACCAAGACGCCAAGCCGGAACUGCUCAAUAUGAUAUUCUCCUAGAGGUCAUUGCUGGUCUGAAGGAAUACUUCGAAAAGACCCUUGGUCGCAUUCUCUUGUACCGCUUCGAGCGCAGUCAAUACAUCGAAGUUCGUGAAGGUUUCAACAAGGAUACUGGUGACUUUGCCGGCAAGACUGUUGGUGAUACUUAUGGUGCAGAGCACUUGUGCCGCCUCAUUGUUACCCUUCCAGAGCUCAUUGCUCAGACCAAUAUGGACGCUCAGUCUUCGAAUCGCCUUCGUGAAGAGCUUACCAAAUUAACCAUCUGGAUCGGACGCAAUGUCACCAAGUACUUUGUCAGCGAAUACGAGACUCCCAGCCCAGAAUAUGUUGAGAAGGCCCGCAGCGGAUAG